AUGCCAGAUUCGGAUGCUACAACUGUUCCAGCUUCGGCAGAAGAAGUGAAGAAGUUCAAAUCAGGGAUUGCGCAUCAUGUCCAGAAGACACCGACUCCCAGAGGCAAAGUGGUAGAGAAUAAGAGCUCAGAACCAAAGAUCAAGAAACAGAUUCAAAGCAAGAGAAUCCUAGAGGAGGAUGAGGGGAAGAACGAAAAGAAGCCAGCUAGAACAGCAGUGAAGGCAAAGCCUCAGCCUCGGCAGCAACCUGAUCAGGUUGCCAAGGCUGAGGUUGGAAGUGAGACUCCAAGAACCGCAAAGGCUGUUCAGGAGUGCCUGAAGCGGGCAUCGACAGCUGACAUUCUCCACAAGACACCAAAGACGGGCUCUACCACUACACCAAGUACAGCACCAAGACAUGGCUCUGAUGAACCGUGCAGCCCAGAAUCUCAGAAUUCUCGGGCUGAAUCUGAUGAGGAAAGCGCAGAUGAGGAAGAGUGGGCUAAGAAAGCAGCGCAGGCAAGGGCCAAACGAGAAGCCCACGCAAGAUUCAUGCGCUUCUCCCGGUCGUUGAAGAGCAAGCGAUCACCGGUGGAGAUAAGGAGGGCCGGAAGAGCGGCGCACAGGGACAGCUCCAAACUCCAACUCUUGUUGGAGCAAUGGACUCAAUGUGAUGGGGUUUGGGCUGAAAGCGACUUUGUGAUAGAGUGCAGGCGCAAGACUCGUCACCGCCAGUAUGGUGCCCGAGUUUGGCUCACGCGCAGUGAGCUGAUCACAAAAUACCAAUCAGUGGCAGUGGCCGACUCCAUCAUAGAAGCCAAAGAACAGGACGAGGUGGCCAGCAGGGAGCAAAUCCG